UCCAUUUGUCUAUCUAUAAUUACAUAUAUGCUUUAUACAUAUAUGUAUACAUAGACAUACGUAAAAAAAGUAAUUUAAAUGGAUCUCAGUCGCUUUCGACGCUGAGUAAAUCCAGUUGUUCGAUCAAGUUGAUUACCAAUUUCUGUUAUUGUGUGAGUGGUUGAGUAUUUCGCAGACAUUAAUAACCUUAUCGUAGCCCUCAGAUAGAAUCAUCUGAACACAGAGUGACAAAGGCUGGCCUUUUCACUCAUACACACACAUAUAUAUAGAUACACAUACAUAGAUAUAGAUAGAUAGCCAUACACGCAUAUAGAUAGACAGAUAGAUAGAAACACACACGCAUACACACACACGUGCGCAUACAGUUAGAUAUAAACACACACACAAAUACACACACGCAGAUAUACUUUUCACCUUUCUAACACACACACACACACACACACACACUGUAUGUAGACCACGUUGACCUUGUAAUUGCGAUAACAACAACAACAACAGGAAUUGCAAGAACUGAAGCAACAGCAGGAAGAAGAAGAACUGCAGCAGUUUGGAGUGGAAGCAACACAUUGCAGCCUCAGCAACAUCAACAACAACAACAUCUCCGCCAGGAAAUAUAUAAAUAAAUAGAAACCACGAGCAUUUCAGAAAGUGUGAGUAACUAUGGCAACGAACCUGAAACUUAUGAAGGAGAUUAACGAGCAGUUUCUGGUGUGCAAGAUCUGCUUCGAGGCGUACAAGAACCCCAAAACGUUGACGUGUCUGCACACCUUUUGCAGCAACUGCUUACAGAAACAUGUCGACUCCGAGCAGGAGAGAACCUCUCGUUACACGCUCUACUCACGCCACGUUUAUUGUCCAAUAUGCCGUAAGAAGACGGAGAUACCGACCGGAGGAAUCCGGAGGUUACCGGAUAACUUUCUGGUUUCCAACCUCACAGACGUUCUCAAUCGGUUGAAGACUACAAAAGUGCAGCCCUGUGAGAUUUGUCACACCGUGCGUAGCAGAAGCAAUGAGGCGUGUUCGAAGUGCUUGGAAUGUUCCAAACUGAUGUGUAAGUCAUGCGUGAAGCUUCAUAUGACAACGAAAGUAACGCAGAACCAUAGUUUGUUUGAUUUAGAAGGGGAGAAGGACAUUGAAUGUAAAGCUCAUUCCGGGGAGAUUGUGCGCUUCUAUUGCGAACCUUGUGAUGAAUGUAUUUGUGUGGUUUGCACAUUCCAAGAACACCGUGACCACGAAAUAUGCUCGUUCAACGAGGGUUCAGCCAAAUAUAAAUCGACCAUCGAAAACUUACUUAGUCAUGGUAAAGACCGCUUGAUUGAUUUACGAAUGAAAUUGGGGAUGAUCAAUAAGUGUGAAGGGGCCUUAAAGGAUACCAGGGAACGCAUACGAGACUUAGCCAUCAGUUAUAUAUCGCAAGUGCGCCAAACAGAGAAACAACUUCUGCAGAAAGUAGACGCCAUGUUUGGAGAUGAGAUUCUUGAUUUUCUCGAAAAUAAAUCCUGGCUUCAGGAAAACUUCGAUAAUUUACAGAACACUUGCAGCCUGGCUGAGAUCAUCGUCAAAGAUAAAGGAAUUGAAAUUCUUCUUCUCAAAAAAGAACUUCAAAAGAAACUGGAUGUCUUACUGCAACCGGAUUUACCGGAAGUUCCACAACAUUUGGCAACUAAUAUAAAGUUUGUACCUGGCUUCGUUAAGUUGGGCCACAUCAGUGUUCCGGGCCGAGAAGAAGAAGAUAUGAACAUCACCAGCGAAAAAGAAGCGAAUUGUUCAGCGUUUAAUCGGUCGAUGAGGUCUGAGAUGAAACAUAUCGAUAUGCAGACCGAUUGUGUGACAUCGAUGACAAGUUCCACCACAAUGUCGACCGAUGUUAACCGGGGAACUGCAGCCUCGCAGACGGCGAAAAUAGAAACGGUGAAUCGGUUGGCUGGCACCGAUACCAACCACACAAGAGAUAAAUCGACGGAAGUCUAUUGGAUUGAUCCAAAGUCACGUGGAACAAUGACUGACCCACCACAGAGUCGGUCAAGGAGGAGUCAGACGUAUUUGAAUGACGAUGCAAAUAUUACAUCGAUCUGCGAGACUUUGAAGAAGAAUGUCACCACUGAAUCAAAAUCCAUGGAAACGGAAGUGAGUAUAUCGUCUCUCGAUGACGUCAGUACUGAAGAUCUGCUGCUGCUGCAACGAGCCAAAAAAUCUGGUUUGGAAAUACAAAGUCUUUUAUCUCCUUCACGAGGUCCAGCAGACAAACAGCCGGCCAGAACUGAAGAAAAAGGUAUUGGAGAGGGUUCAGUUCUCACAAGCUGUGCGUCGAUCAAUACGGACAAGGUAUUGAUUUGUGACCGUAGGGUUAGUUCGCAUCUUUCGCAUGACUCCGGGUCUUGCAGUCCUGUCGUCGACAGAAAAUCUCGCAGACUCAGCGCCGAUAUCCUUGCUUUGCAGCAGAAGUUUUCUGAACCUCACGUGCCUCGCUACCAAGAUAGUGGCAAAUCUUCCCCUCCAUCUCCCAGCACGCCCCCAACCCCGACACGGUCAUCUGGGCGUGGAAGUCCAGAGAGCACCCACUCUCGCAACGGUCAGAAGGAGACGAGAAAUAUGGAAACCGAUACUUCAUCUUUACUCUCGUCACAGAUUACCACCCAGGGAACAUCUACGGAUGCAGUGAAAACGGCCAGUGCCUCGAGCGAGGUCAAACCGACCACUAUUUCGGUGGGGGUCAGUGUCAGACCGAACUAUAAAGACACUGGAACCGGUGACCAAAUACUCACCUUAGAAGAGAAAGUAUUUGUUGACGGUGAGACGUCUCCAAUAAAUGAUUUGCCUGGAAUUCUAUUCGAAGACAUUGAAGGAUCCACAAAUCGUUGCUUGUCGGCCACAUCGGCAUCGAAACGGUCAUCCAGCUGUUUUAGUGACGUUUGCACCGAAACAGAAUCGCUAAAGAUGAGGGAUUCGCAGACUCUGACGUCAGUGUUAAAGACGGUCGAUAACUGGACACUGACGGACCGCACAGAAUUCAUCAACACCGCCACAUCACCCAUCUUAAUACCGAUGUGUGAAGUCGGAGUUUCAACGUUGAAUCCGGUGCUCGUCAGUCAAGGAAUGUCGACGGAGGCGGUGGAGCAUGCCGACUGCCAAACUGAAACCAGUAUAUUCACACAGGACAGUGAGACGUUGACUGACAGAGUGAUCUCUACUGAUGCACAGACCAACAUCCACAUCCACAGUGAGGACAGUCAAACGUGGAUCGAUUGCAGCACGCAAUCGGAGACGGGAACCAUGACGGAGACAGAUGCAGGGACCAGCACCAUUGAAGAUUUUUUACUUUUAGCCGAAGGGGAACCGAGCGGAGAUAUAGCUAACAUAUCGGAGGUUAUUGAUUCCGACCAAGGGGCCAGCGAGGACGAUAUUUUCUUCGAACUUACAGAAGACGAUGACGAUCGAAUGAUGCACCAGUGUGUUCGAGGCUGGAAUAAUACGAUGACUUUGCUGGAAUCAAUGGAGAACCACAACACGUCCCUUUGUAACAAGUGCUGUCUCCAGAAACCCGUUGAAGUGGCGCAUAGGGCCACGAUGUCGUCGCCCACCCUGACUCACGAUCAAGGGACUAUGGUUCUAUCCUUCAACACGGCACUAACAGAGUUCACUGACCGCAAUGUCCAAACCAUUCAGACCGCCGUGGCGGACAAGUCGAUCGAAGCAGCUUUCAGCGACCCUCCGGGAAACUCGAACCUGGUCGCUGCCGAAUGCAACGACGUUGCAACUUCGACCGAGUCGCUCGCCUACAUGGGUCUGAUGAGUGAGGUCGACAUCAACGACCUCUAUCUCUUGCCCGACUCGGCGUUCGAUUUGCACUCGGAUACAGAUACGGCCAACUCCGAGUACGAUUCGGACACACAGAUCGAGAUGGUGGACAGCGAGACUUCUAUGGAGAAUAGUCAGAGUGUUGAGGCUGGCACUCAAACUCCGAUGAUCACUGAGAGUGAAGGGCAAUCACUGGGUCAGGAACCGGACCCACAGACGUUGUUGCAGAUGAUAAACGAUGAUGAUUCGAAACAUCUAGUGAGUAUAGGGGUAAAUACCAUGCGUAAGGUAACCUAUGAAAAGGAGACUAGCACACAGUCACGAUAUCUCUUUUCCAAAGGAACCAUGACUUUCUAUUUGAAUAAAUCAGAUAAAUCAACCGGUUCCAACAGGUCUUCGAUCGCUUCCAGGAACAGCUUACUGAUCGAUCGUGUGGACAAGGACACAAUGACAUGCAGUGGUGGUACAAGUGAGAAGGGAGUUUCCACUGACUCAUCACAGCUCAAUGAACAGGUAGCGGCUUGUAUCAACAAGUUGAAAAAUGUUCGCGAUAAACUACAGAGCCCUACUUCGAAACAGGCCCCUGAGAUUGGGGAACUGUCGCCGAAAUCGUUGGCCAGAAAAAGCAAGCCCGAGUUGAAAGACUUACUGGGGUCUACCAGCACCACCGAGUCAAGCAGCGUUGACUCGGUUGGAACUGUUUCUGCGACGACAUCAGGUUCCGAACCCUGUUCUCUGACGACCCCAACAACAACAACAAGACCAAAGAGUUCUUUAUUUUCGUCUCCGUUGUUAGCGUUUUCUUCAACAUCAACUUCGGUGACGUCAUCAGGACAUGGCGACAAUAAACAUUCGAGCUGUCCCGCAGCAGCAACGACGGCGUCAGCAACGGCGAUAACAAUGAGUUGCAGUGUCGGCUGUUCAACGACUUUAUUAACAACGAUGGCUUCGUCAAACAACACAAUGUCCACGUCACUGUCGUCUGCUUCGCCAUUGAGCGAUAAUCAACGAAUCAGCGAGAGAACCACAACUCGAAAAGCGCAGCCAAUCACCACAUUAAAAUGUAGAUACAAAGACGUCAACGCCGCUGCCAAUGGCCUCGAUAAAAGCCAGACUCUUCCGCGUCAGUUUAGUGCACCAACUAAUGAUUUGCAGUUACAACAACAACAACAGCAACUACAACAACAACAACUGCAACAACAACAAGCUGGUUUAUUAAAUUCUUCUCCAAGUCGUCUGCCUUUGUUGCGGUACAACUCGGCACCCGGAAAAAUUGUCACAGUUCCCAAACACGCCCCCCCUAAAGAUCUUAGUGUCUCCCCACAAACCUCGCCAAAGUCCACAAGUAAAAUACCAACGACCAGGAAACUUAACGAAUCCCAGAAAGACACUAUAAAAGAUUACUACACAAUAACUAAUGCAAAACCAACAAACCAGCUACCAUCGCUACCGGCAAUCACUGAGACUCGGACCCCGCCCGGCUGUUCAGACCCUUCUGACUUGACUACCAUGUCAAACUGUUAUUCGAACUCCAUGUCAGAUUCAUGCCCAGCACAAACCUUCUCCACUUUGUCUCCUACCUGUACAUCUCUGACCGCUGACGACACUUCUGUCGAGCCAGCCUCUCCAGCUACCGGCAAAAGGAACACGUUAGCGACACCAGAUAGUCCAUGUAUAAGCGGCAGUAGUAGAGAAUGUUCCCCUCAGACCCGGAAAACUGGCUUCAUGCAGCGACUUCUCACUCGAAAACCAAAGAAAGACACUUCAAAUGAUUCCAGCAAAAGGCAACAACGUCACCACCAGCGACCAGAUUCCUCACCUGCCUCCGUAUCGACAUCGUCCAGUUCUUCAGCUCUGUCUAUCAAUGAUUCCAAAAGUGCUACACCUUCUCCGAAGUCGCCACCAAAAAGCGGUCUGAGAGUGGGCAAGAAAGCCAUGUCACCAUCGCCAACAUCGUCUUCAAAGACGUCAAGCACCAACGCCAAUACCAACAGACCUACAAGUGCCAUUAAUAUGACGAACUCCGCGUCUCCGGCUUCCUCUGCGCAAGCAGCGGACGAUAAAACGGCCAAAUCGAAGAAAAGCCGUCCGUUUGUCUACAUGCGACAGAGAAUAUUUUCGAUCCAACACGAUAACGAAGACAGUCCGGAGAGGAGGGCACGAGCGUUGGAACGUCAGAAGAAAACUGAGAAGAAGACGGAAAAGAAAAAAACAGGUUCGAGUGCAACUGACGGUAGCAACAGUAGCAGCAGUCCUGGUCUGAGAAGAGAUCGAUGUGAAGGAAACGGUAAAAAUGGUCAGGGUCUGAUCAAAACGAACGGAGAAGCGAAUUUGUUGACGGUGGAAGGGCAAUCAUUUGCUGAUGUGUGCUGAGAACUUAUACAUUUAUAGAUGCAUAUACACAUAGAUGCAUGCAUGCAUACAACAUAUAAUAUAUAUAUAUAUAUGUAUGUAUGUAUAUAAAAUGAAAAUAGUGAUGAUAAAGGACGAUAAAAGUUGUAGUAACAAUAUUUAUAUUGAUGAUGAUGAUGAUGAUGAUGGUUACACGAAGAGAGAUACCAAAGGAAUAGUUCCGUGUCUGCUUCCUCUGACUCCAUUUUCACACAGACGACGUUACAAGGUGAAGUGUCAUACGGCAGUCAGUGCGGGGUGGGGUGGGGGACUUCGUUAGCAUAUCUAACUGAAAACCUGGAAGAAGGAAGAGGGGGAGGAGAAGGGAGAGGAAGAGUUGAAGGGAGAGAGGGAGAAGAAGGAGAUAUUGAGACAGAGAAGCCGGUAAGACGUGUCGGUCAUGGUGGAAUAGAUCAUUUCUAAAUGUUACUAUGACCACCCCUAGCAAGACUUGAACCCGGCACUGUGAGAUAUUGAAAUAUUACAGUGUAGCGACAUUAUCGUCGCCACCAUACCAUCGACAUCAGUACUCUAUCCAGGGCAAUUGCACUCAGUCUCCCACUGAAUAGGGAUAUAUCAUGCGACACUCAUCCAUGUGGUGUUCAACCAUGUGGGAAUGUGCACCAUGGAAUUUUGUAUUGUGGUAUUUUAACAUGUGGUACCAUGUGGUAUGAUAACUUGCGGUAUUAUUCCAUGUGGCCUUCUACUAUACGGUAUUAUAACAUGUAGUAGUAUACCGUGUGGAAACGGACCAUAUACCAUAGUACCGUGUGGUACUAUAAAAAUAUUGUGUUGUACCAUGUGCUGUAUUGUACCAUGCGGUGUGAUAACAUGUAUAAUAGCACCAUGUAGUACUGUAUUACGGGAUACCGUACCAUGUGGAAUUCUAUGUUGGAAUAUUCUGCUGCAACAUGGCGGUCGAUUGGCAGAAUCGCCAGAACGUCGAACAAAAUGCUUUAUUUGUUCCGACUUUCUGCGUUUCGAGUUCGAAACCCGCUGCAGUCAAUUUUGUUUUUUAUCCUCUCGGGGUCCAAAAAAAAA